AUCUGUACUCAAAGCUGCUCUAAUCAGAUCAAAGCGUAAACAAAACAUCCAGCAGCCAGAAUCAGAUUGCUGACCGAAAUUGAGUCACUUCUUUUUCCAUUUUUCCUGCGUUCGUCAUCCGUUCUGAUAACGCGUUGUCUCCCCCAGUGUCGUAGCUACGCUACAGGGUCGUCCAGAUUUUCGUGUCCAGUGCAUCGUGAAAAUGUCUUGCCUAGUGUGACCUUUUCUCGCUAUCGAUCAGUGUUUAGUGUAAGAAGCGAAAAGCCCCCUGGACGCACCACCCAGAACAGAGAGGGGUUAAUUAAAAGAUCACACGGGGCGUGAAAAAAAUGCCUUCCGCAGGGGCAGCAGCACCACCGCCAGCCAUCGACGAGCUGUACAUGGAGCGUGACUUCUACAUCGGGCUAGCGCUGGCCCUUUCCAGCAGUAUUUUCAUCGGGUCUAGCUUCAUCAUCAAGAAAAUUGGCCUGCUGCGGCUUUCCCGGGUCGGUUCGGUGCGGGCCAGUGCCGGCGGGUUUGGCUACCUGCGCGACUGGAUCUGGUGGGCCGGGCUUAUCUGCAUGGGUGUUGGUGAGGCAGCCAACUUUGCCGCGUACGCCUUCGCGCCGGCUUCCCUCGUUACGCCGCUCGGAGCACUCAGCGUGAUCGUGGCCGCCGUUAUGGCUUCCCGGUUUCUCAAAGAGCGGCUCAACCUGCUCGGCAAGCUCGGCUGCUUUCUGUGCAUCGUCGGCUCCACGAUCAUCGUCAUACACUCGCCCAAAGAGGGCGAGGUGGAGGAUCUUAAUCUACUGAUCGAUAUGCUGCAAGAUCCGACCUUCAUCACGUACGUCGUGCUAAUUCUUUCGCUCGCACUCUUCAUCGGAUGCUGCAUUGGGCCACGGUACGGGCACAAGCACGUAGCCGUUUACAUACUGCUCUGUUCCGCCAUCGGCAGCCUUACGGUCAUGUCCUGCAAAGCGCUCGGGCUGGCGCUACGCGACACCCUAUCUGGCAAGUCGAACGAUUUCGGCAUGUGGCUCCCCUACUUCCUCAUCAUCGUGACGGUCGUGUUUGUGGGGAUACAGGUAAACUACCUCAACAAAGCGCUGGACAUCUUCAACACCAGCAUCGUGACGCCGAUCUACUACGUCAUCUUUACCACGCUGGUCAUCACGGCGUCCGCGAUCCUGUUCAAGGAAUGGCGCCACAUGCGCCCCGAAGACAUUAUCGGCGAUCUGUGCGGCUUUUUCGUGGUGAUCGUCGCGGUGAUAUUGCUGAACGCGUUCCGCGAAAUGGACAUUAGCUUGAGCGAUGUGAAGGGCAUUAUGCGACCGAAGCGGGAACUACUGUCGCACUCGUCCCACAAAGGCAGCGCACAGUACGAGGACUAUUUGAACGACAACGAGGAGCGUGGCCCGCUGAAACCACACUAUGGAACGAACUAUCUGAAUGCGUAACGAACGAUGAGCGAACGUGCUGCUGGUGGUGGAGGUGGUGGUGGUGGUGGUGUGAUACAGUUUGUACGGGAAACGAGCAGCACCAAGUUGAACUUGAAGCAAGUGUAACAGACGAAAAGGGUGAUAUACCAAAAAUCAAGAUCACUUCACUAAAUUAUAACGAACGAACAAAAAUACCCUCAUAUUUGGAACGUAUGUUUUUGCUUUCGAGAAUGCUUUUUUGAAAAGAAACUCCACAUAGAGAUUAGGACCGGUAGGCAGAUUAGAACUAGAAAUACAGCUUAGGGAAGGGAACAAACUCACACAAACUCUGUACAUAUUUCCAUCCCGACCGUGGGCGACGCCAUCCGACUUUAAGCCGCCAACACUGGCAUCGAUACUUGCAGGAUCUUUGUGGUGGUAUCGAAAUGAGCUUCCACCUUGCUUUCAUCAAUACGAUAGUCCACGAACACAUCGAGCAGGUAGCCUUUCUUGCGUGCCUCCAGCAAAAUGCGAUCCUCGCCCACGUCCAGCGUAAUUUCGCUCGAUGAAACCUAUAUCAUAUCGUCAUAGAAUGGAGUUACAAAUUAUCAAACAUCCCACUGGAGACCUUUACAGGGUUUUCCAGGAGUUCUCAUAGCUGUGGGACUCUUCAAUGUCUCUUUCAUACGUGGAAUGAACUUAAUGUAAUGAGAAUUUGACUCUAUAGCACCCUUGUUGGACAAAUCUAAUAGGAAUUUCCAAGAAUCCUAUCCAAAAAGCGUCUCAUAGACACCAAUUUCCAACUAAUGAAGUUCACUUCCAAUAAGAAAGUGUCCGACAACCCCUGGAAAACCCUGUAGCAAUUUCGCAAUUCACUUACACAUUCCGGCAGAUGGAACUCUCCUAUCAGUCGCUUCGCCCUUCCGGCGGGCGGUUCGCGGAACAGCUUACUUUCCGGCUUCUUCGUGGCGGCCUGCGAAAUGGCCACCUUUGUCGGGUCGGGCACGUACGUGGUAGUGCUGUCACUUUGCUGCUGUUUGGCAUUUACCACCGAUACCGGUGCGACAGUACGCGAGCUGUUCGUUUCAUUUUUAACCGUUUUUACCGUCCCCGCAUCUGCGCCAAUCUCUUCGAUGAGUGGUUUCUUCGGCUGGGCGCCCGCCAUCAGCGGUCUCGGAUUGUCCAGCUCGGUGAGCAGCGCCCGGUCGGCGUCCGACUGGUGCGGAUAGCUUUCGAUCACCUGCCGCACGUCCCGGUUCUGGAUGUUGUGCGGAAUCAGCUUGUCGAUGAACUUUUUGUUCUUCAGUAUGCGAAAGUUGCUCUCGUCCAGCGCGACGUUGUACUUAUUCUCCACCCCAUCGAACAGUACGCUGAUCAGGAACUCGCGCAACAGCCCGCCGGACUCAAUUUUGGCGUAGAAUUUCGUAUUGAUCGCGAUAUCGCACACCUGGCAGCCCUGGUUGGAUUUGUCCAGUGCGGGGCGGGGCUGCGUGAUGCUCAUCGGGAUGCGGAAUGCGUUCGGCUCACCAUCGUUCAGGAUGCGUAUCAGCUCGUCCUCGGUAAUAUCGCGCGGCGGCGGGAUGCCAUCGGUUUGGCAGAGAUUGAUGAAGAACUUUUCCUCCGUUCCCUUCUUGAACGCUUUCACGCAGAAUCCUUUUUCAAAAAAAGAAAAGAAAAGCAGGAAUUAUAACAUGAACGACAAUAAAGAUCGUUUCACAUGGCCAGCAAAUUCCAGAAUUCCACACCCAUUUUGAACUAUUAUCAUGUACAGUUUGAAGAGUUUAGAUAGACACGGAAAGGAUUUGAUAGCAAUUAUGUAAAUCAUGAACAAUGACAACAAUGAUUAUCAUAUACAGUUUGAAGAGUUUAGAUAGACACGAAAAGGAUUUGAAAGCAAUUAUGCAAAUCAUGAACAAUGGAGUACGGGAAACCCACUGCAUCAAAAAGCAGCUUAAAAUUGAACUGAAGUAUUUGUAAGAAUUUAUAAAAGAAGCAAAUAAAACCGAAAAUCCUUCUACAUA